AAGCACUUUUGGAAAUAAUUUUGCCGGUAGCGGCUACGCUCUCUCUCACUCACUCUAUAAAGCUUAUAGCUUUGUUCUCAUUCCUCCAUUUGUAUCCUCUUUGUUUAUCUAUCAACUCUCUCUCUCUCUCUCUCUCUCUCUCUCGCCGGCGACAUGAAGUUCCGAUCAUGGCUAUCAACAUGCUCCUCCGCCACCUCCUACGAUCCCACACCACCACCACCACCACCACCAAAACCUCUAUUCUCCGACACAAGUAGCGGCUCAGACAUCCCUGGAAGCUCAUCAUCCACCUCCCAUGACACCAGCUACAGCAGCAGCAGUCUCCAAAGCAACCUCUCUCUCCAAACCCUCCCUUCUGUUCCUUCCCUCCAAAAACUCUCCCCCGAAACCCUAACCCUCUCCCUCGCCUCCCACCACCACUACCACCGCCUAGCCUCCCUCAAACCCCUCCCCCUCCCAGUCUCCUUCCUCGCCGUCCACCGCCGCCUCCUCUACGCCGCCUCCGCCACCGAAAUCAACGUCUUCGACAUCAACAAUUUCUCUCUCAUACACACAUUCAACGGUAACAGUUCUUCCUCUGGUUCUGUCAAAUCUAUUAGUUUCUACAACGAGAGAGUCUUCACCGCACACCAGAACUGUAAAAUCCGAGUCUGGAAAUUAACAAACAAUAAAAAGAAUCACAGACUCGUCGCCACUCUCCCCACCGUCAACGAUCGCUUACUCCGAUUCGCUUUUCCGGCGAACUACGUGAAGGUUCGCCGUCACAGGAAGCGGCUCUGGAUCGAACACCACGACGCGGUUUCUGGACUCGAAGUUAUCGACGGUUUGAAUUUGAUGUGUUCGGUUUCGUGGGACAAGUGUUUGAAGAUUUGGAGAGUCUCCGAUCUUCGAUGUGUACAAUCGAUUAAAGCUCACGACGACGCCAUUAACGCCGUCGCGGUGGCGAUCGAUGGCACGAUUUACACCGCCUCCGCCGACCGCCGGAUUAAAGUUUGGGGACGAGCGUCUGGAGAGAGAAAGUACGGAUUGAUAGCGAGUUUAGAGAAGCAUAAAUCGGCGGUGAAUUCUCUGGCAUUGAACGGUGACGGAACGGUUUUGUUUUCCGGAGCGUGUGAUCGUUCGAUUCUGGUGUGGGAGAGAGAGGACAGUGCGAAUUACAUGGCGGUGACUGGUGCUCUGAGAGGUCACUCUAGGGCUAUACUGUGCUUGAUCUACGUCUCGGAUUUGUUGUUCAGUGGGUCUGCUGAUCGGACGGUUAGGAUUUGGCAGAGGGGGCUUGAUGGAAGGUACUGUUGCUUGACUGUUUCCGACGCGCAUGAAAAGCCAGUGAAGUCGUUGGCGGCGGUGCCGGAGGAUGAAUCCGCCACCGGUGGUGGUGGUGGUGUGAAGGUUUUCAGUGGAAGCUUUGAUGGGGAGAUUAAGGUGUGGCAGGUGGUAGUUGCGAAUCUCAACAGUUCCGUUCUCUUUUAAUAAAAAGGAUUUUAUUAUUCAUAAAAAAAAAACUAUUAUUUAAUAAUUUCAGAAUAUAAUUAGGUAAUAUUUUAUAUUGUCAAAUUGAAUUCAUGCAUUUAAAAAAUAUAUAUAUAUAAACUAAAAUGACCAAUAUAUAUGUCAAGGAAAAUAAUAUGAAUAAUUAGAUUUUUUUUAUUUGCUUAUUAGUAGAUACAAAAUGUAUGAUCUCACAUGUUU